AUGGCCUCUCUUGAAUGUUGGAGGAAGGGACACAAUGUCAGUGUUCUUGAAAAAUCCGAUAAGAACUCAACAAUUGGCGAUGUACUUUUCAUUGGCCCAUCAGCAUGGACCACUCUAAAGGACUACCCGACAAUGCUGAAGGAGUACUAUGAUAACUCAUGGGAUAACUACUGUUCCUUUAGAAGACUUGAUGGAACACUGAUCGUGCCUCCGCAGGAGUUUGAGUAUAACAGAUCAGAUGUCCCACACCACGCUGCCUGGCCCCUGAGAGUCAGGUCCAUGAGAUUGGGAAUCUCUGUGACUUUCAAUGUCAACAUUGUCGACUACAUCGAGAACAACAACGAACGUUCAGCCACAGUUGUCGCAAGUGACGGUCGCCGCUUCAACGCUGAUAUCGUUGUUGCUGCGGAUGGACUCGGCACGAAGUCUCACGAGGCUGUCAUGGGAGAGGGAUUCGUCAUCUGCCGCAUUUUCUAUCGCCUGGAUCCUGAAAAGAAUGCGGAUUUGUACCGAGAACUCGGGGGCCUCAAGCGCCCCGACUUGCGUGCCCAUUCAGGGGAUCAUUUUCACUGCGUCCUCAGUACCGCUAACGACUCCAUUGUUAUUGGCGUUACUCUACCUGAUGACGGCACUGCCCAAGAAUCUUGGUCUGAGACCAUCACUGGUGAGGAGUUUAUCAACAAACUCCCAGAUACCGAGACCUGGGACCCGUUGAUCAUCAAAGCAAUUCGCAACAUCCCUGAGAACAGCAUUGUCAAGUGGCAGCUGUGUUGGAGAGAUCCGCAGACGAAGUGGACGUCCCCUGGUGGUCGCAUCGUCCAGCUAGGCGACAGUGCUCAUGCCUUCAUCCCGUCUUCAACCUCUGGUGCAACUACCGCGCUGGAAGAUGCCCAAUCACUAGCCGAGUGCCUUCGACUGGCUGGCAAGACGGACGCUCACAUUGGAACUAAGGUCCAUGAGCUUCUUCGACUCCGUCGGGCAUCAAUUCUUCAACGCCUUGGCUUCGCUAAUAGGCGCGAAAUGCAUCGCGCGGGCGGCAUGGAAGAGGUCAUGAAGCAUGCUCCCAAGGGCGGACCCAUGGGUCUCGGAAAAUGGAUCUGGACGCACAAUGCAGAAGCAUAUGCGACGGAAAGGUUUGCUGAGGCUCGUGCACACUUGACGGAGGGUGCCUCGUUCGAGCAUACGAAUCUGCCCAAGGGAUUCAAUUGGCAGCCUUGGUCUAUGCAAGAAGAACUGGAAAAGGAGAAACAGGGAAUCAAUACGCCUGACUUGAAGCUAAACGGAGAUUGGAGUAUCUACUAA